AUGCGAGCUCCCAUCUUGCGGCCUCGUGGCCGCGCCGACCUCCUACGAAUCCUGGCGCCACCAGAUUCUCUAUGCUCGGCCAGGCAUUUUUUGCCAUCUCGGGUAUCAGCCAUCCCAACGCCGUCGAUCAGCACUGCCAUCUUGCUCGCCCGGCCUCUGUCCUCCUCUGCCAAACGCUAUUACAGCCGCGAUCCACUCCAAGCCGAACACGAAGCCAACACUGUCCGCGGCAAUCGUGUAGCUCGGGGCCGCACCGAGGAACAGGCACGACAGUUUCAUCAAUCCCAGCAGGGCCGAGAAGAGCAAAAGCCUUCGUACAAGCAGAAGCUUUCGAGAUCAUGGUCCGGCACACCCAUUAGGUGGUAUCCGAUCCCUAUCCUACUCGGUGCCGUCGUUCUUGUUGGCGUUCAGGCUCGUAGAAAUUAUAUCGCCGAGCAGAAUGGGAACGGCGUCGGUACCAAGAUCGUCGACGAGAACGGCCAAGUCGUUAGGAUGCAAGGCCCUUGGACCGUCUACGUCAUUGGUGCGCUUCCUCUCAACGCCAUCUCGCGCGCCUGGGGGUGGGCCAACAACAUCACGCUUCCCGUCUGGUUCCGUCCGUUCGGCUUCAAGCUGUACGCGUACAUCUUUGGCUGCAACUUGGACGAGAUGAAAGAUCCAGACCUCACACAUUACAAGAGCUUGGGCGAGUUCUUCUAUCGAGAGCUCAAGGAGGGCGCCCGCCCCAUCGAUGAUAGCAUCCUCGUCUCCCCCGCCGACGGCAAGGUGCUGCAUUUCGGCGAGAUCGCCGGUCGACGUGUCGAGCAGGUCAAAGGUAUCACUUAUUCGCUCGACGCUCUUCUCGGGGUGACGAGCUCUCCGGAAGCCACGGAAAAGGCGGUAGGCAGCUCGCUCGAAGACUCAGACCACGAACACCUCGACGAUCGUCAGUUCGCUUCGGUCAACGGUAUCGACUACACGCUCGACGAGUUGCUCGGCGACGAAAAAAGCAAGUCCGCGGUGCCCGACCCUGACGAGACACCAAAACGCAAAUCAUCCUGGAAGAGAUUCGUCAAAGCUUCCUACUGGAAGUCGUGGGUGAAAAGCACGCCGUCCCAGAGCUCCACCACGACCGGCAUUCCGGCAUCGAACGCCGUCGGAAGCUCUGACGGUCAGAACAGCCAUGCAGACGACGAAGGCGGCGACAACGAUGAUCAACAGUCCAAGGCAGACGCUGCUGCCGCCCAGAAAACAAAGCAGAUCGACGAUGCUGGAAUGCCAGAGCCUGACACCCCUGAGGUGCUCGGCCGCUACGCCAACGUCGCCUACGAGAUGGGUGUGAGCGCCCUCCCACCGCUGCUGCAGCCUCACUCGCCCAAUCAGAAAGGCGUCAAGGAGGGCAACAAGCUCUUCUUCUGCGUCAUCUACCUGGCUCCAGGAGACUACCACCGCUUCCACAGCCCCACCAACUGGGUCGCCGAGCGUCGUCGACACUUCCGCGGCGAGCUCUACUCGGUGUCACCGUACAUGGCCCGCCGACUGUCCAACCUGUUUGUGCUCAACGAGCGCGUGGCAUUGCUGGGACGAUGGAGGCACGGCUUCUUCGGCAUGGUCCCCGUGGGUGCCACCAACGUCGGCUCGAUCCGCAUCAACUUUGACAAGGCGCUGCGCACCAACGUCCGCAUGCAGCGCUACCUCGCCGGGACGUACUCGGAGGCUUCCUACUCGGGCGCCAGCAAGCUCCUCGGUGGCCAGCCUCUCGCAGCGGGAGACGAGAUGGGUGGCUUCCUGCUCGGGUCCACCAUCGUGCUGGUCUUUGAAGCUCCCGCCGAGUUCCGCUUCAACCUCAGGCCGGAACAGAAGAUCAAAGUGGGUGAGCGACUCGGUGAUAUUCGUGAGCCGUCGCCGGAAGAGUCGGGGGACAAGAAGAAUGGCCGUCAAGUGUGA